AUGUGUGCAACCAACCUGGACGAGGUAGACCUCCCAGCAGAAUUGCAAGUGCCGGCAUCCUUCAAGCUGCCAGCGCUGUCGCUCUUGCAAGUGACAAAUCAGGUGUCUCCUUUCGUGAAUUUCCUGCCAGGACACUCCAUCCAACGGCAAGAGCAGAUUGAUCACUUCAGCAGCUCCAAAAGUCUGACGAAGGCCGCCGUGCAGCAGCUCUACGACCUCUGCCGCAGCCAGCCGCAGCUGGGGCGCUGCAUCUGCCUCUCCCUGGCGCCCCCGGUGCGGGGUGGGGGGGGGCCGGAGAGCCGGGCGUGUUGCUGGCUGUAG